UGAUCCAGGGCCCACUGCUUGCUUUGCUCUCCGGGAGAUGCCCGGAGCCCCUGCGGGAGGGAUGAAGACUAGGGACAGGCUGGCAGGUGUCAGUCACGCGGCACAGCCUCAGCCGCACCCUCUCCCUGACCAGAGUCACCAUGUCCUUCUGGACACAGCUGAUGUUACUCCUGUGGAAGAAUUACACGUACCGCAAGAGGCAGCCGGUAAGAUCCAGCUACUGGUGGAAUUACUGUGGCCCCUCUUCCUCUUCUUCAUCCUAGUGGCCGUCCGUCACUCCCACCCCCCUCUGGAGCACCACGAAUGCCACUUUCCCAACAAGCCGUUACCAUCAGCGGGCACGGUGCCCUGGCUCCAGGGCCUCAUCUGCAACGUGAAUAAUUCCUGUUUCCCUCAGCCAACGCCCGGAGAGGAGCCUGGGGUCUUGAGUAAUUUCAAGGACUCCCUGGUCUCCAGGGUACUAAAUGAUGCUCGCACUGUGCUUGGGGGGCGCAGUGCCCAAAGGACGCUGUCAGAGCUGGGGAAGCUGAUGCCCACACUGAAAGCUGCGCGUGACCGAGCCUGGCCUCAACAGACUGACCAGCCUUCCAUGACCACCGACUUUCUGGGGGCAUUGCUGCAAGGGGAAUCCUUGGUGUCAAUGCUGGGUCAAGCCCAAGACUCUGUGACCAGCUUCAUUGAAGCUGCUGAAGACCUAGCCCAGGAGCUUCUGGUGCUACCCAGCCUGGUGGAGCUGAAAGCUCUGUUGCGGAAACCACAGGGGACAGCUGGACCCCUGCAGCUGCUGUCAGAAACCUUGUGUAGCACGAAGGGGUCCAGCAGCCCAGGAGGCCUGUCACUCAACUGGUAUGAUGCCAGCCAACUCAGGGAGCUGGUGGGGCCAGAGCCAGAGCCAGCCCUGCCUGACAGCAGCUUGAGUCCAGCCUGCUCUGAGCUGAUGGGGGCCCUGGACGACCACCCGCUGUCUCGUCUGCUUUGGAGGCGCCUGAAACCACUGAUUCAUGGGAAAAUUCUAUUCACCCCUGAUACCAACUUUACCAGACAGCUCAUGGCCCAGGUGAACAGAACCUUCGAGGAGCUGGCUCUGCUGAGGGACAUCCCCGAGGUCUGGGCAAAGCUGGGAUCCCUGUUCUUUGCCUUUAUGAAUAACAGUGAAAAUGUGGUCAUGCUGCAGAGACUUUUAGAAAUGCAAGAUCCAGGGCAGAGGCAGCAGCGCCCAGGAGCCCAGGAGAGGGCGGAGGCCAUCAGAGCCUUUCUGGACCCCAGUAGGGGUGGUUACAGCUGGCAGGAGGCCCAUGCAGAUGUGGGGCGCCUGGUGGGGAUCCUAGGCCAAGUCAUGCAGUGUGUGUCCUUGGACAAGCUGGAGGCUGCAUCCUCGGAGGCCGCCCUGGUGUCUCGGGCCCUCCAGCUGCUGGCUGAGCGCCGCCUAUGGGCUGGAAUCGUCUUCCUGGGGCCCAAAGACCCUCAGGAUCCUGCCAAUGUGCCAACCCUGGACCCUGACCCGGGUCACCUUCGUAUCAAGAUCCGAAUGGACAUUGAUGAUGUCACCAGGACCAAUAAGAUCAGGGACAAGUUUUGGGACCCUGGCCCCUCUGCUGACCCUCUCACGGACCUUCGCUAUGUGUGGGGCGGUUUCGUAUACCUCCAGGACCUGCUGGAGAGGGCGGCUGUGCGAGUGCUGAGUGGCGCCGACCCCCACACAGGUCUCUAUCUGCAGCAGAUGCCAUACCCGUGCUAUGUAGACGACGUGUUCCUGCGUGUGCUCAGCCGCUCACUGCCUCUCUUCCUGACACUGGCCUGGAUCUACUCGGUGGCGCUCACGGUGAAAGCUGUGGUGCGGGAGAAGGAGACCCGGCUGCGGGACACCAUGCGCGCCAUGGGGCUGGGCCGCGGGGUGCUCUGGCUGGGUUGGUUCCUCAGCUGCCUGGUACCUUUCCUGGUUAGCGCAGCGCUGCUGGUGCUGGUGCUCAAGCUAGGAGACAUCCUCCCUUACAGCCACCCGGUCGUGCUCUUCCUGUUCUUGACGGCUUUCGCAGUGGCCACUGUGGUGCAGAGUUUCCUGCUCAGCGCCUUCUUCUCCCGAGCCAACCUGGCAGCGGCCUGCGGGGGUCUCGCCUACUUCUCGCUCUACCUGCCCUAUGUGCUGUGUGUGGCGUGGCGGGAACGGCUGCCCAUGGGUGGUCGUUUAGCAGCGAGCUUGCUGUCACCCGUGGCCUUUGGCUUCGGCUGUGAGAGCCUGGCCCUGCUGGAGGAGCAGGGUGAGGGCGCUCAGUGGCACAACCUGGGCAUAGGACCCUCGGAAGAUGUCUUCAGCAUGGUGCAGGCCUCAGCUUUCCUGUUGCUGGACGCUGUGAUAUAUGGCCUGGCCCUCUGGUACCUGGAGGCCGUGUGCCCAGGCCAGUAUGGGAUCCCUGAACCAUGGAAUUUCCCCUUUCGAAGGAGCUACUGGUAUGGACCUGGACCUCCCAAGGGUCCUGCACCAUCCCCCAUCCCACAAGAUCCAAAGGUGCUGAUGGAAGAGCCACCACCUGGCCUAAGUCCUGGUGUCUCUCUGCGAGGCCUGGAGAAGCACUUUCCCGGCUGCCCACAGCCAGCUCUGCGUGGACUCAGUCUGGACUUCUAUCAGGGUCACAUUACUGCUUUUCUGGGUCACAAUGGGGCCGGCAAGACAACCACAUUAUCCAUCCUGAGCGGCCUCUUUCCACCCAGCAGAGGCUCUGCCUUCAUCCUGGGCCACAAUGUUCAAUCCAGCAUGGCGGCCAUUCGCCCUCACUUGGGUAUCUGCCCACAGUACAAUGUGCUGUUUAACAUGCUGACCGUGGAGGAGCACAUCUGGUUCUAUGGCCGGUUGAAGGGUGUAAGUGUGACUGCCGUGGGUCCUGAGCAGGAGCGACUGCUUCAGGACAUUGGUCUUGUCCCCAAGCGGGGAACCCAGACACGCCAUCUCUCCGGUGGCAUGCAGCGGAAGCUGUCUGUGGCCAUUGCCUUUGUGGGUGGUUCUCAUGUGGUCAUUCUCGAUGAGCCCACUGCUGGUGUGGAUCCCGCUUCCCGCCGUGGCAUUUGGGAGCUGCUGCUCAAAUAUCGAGAAGGUCGCACACUGAUUCUAUCCACCCACCACCUGGACGAGGCAGAGCUCCUGGGAGACCGUGUGGCCAUGGUGGCAGGUGGCAGACUGUGCUGCUGUGGGUCCCCACUUUUUCUGCGACGUCAUUUGGGCCGUGGUUACUACCUGACACUUGUGAAAAGUCCCCAGUACCUAGCCACUGGAGAGAAGGUGAGGACUGGAGAGAAGGGGGACAGUGAGCACCCCAGACAGAAGCUAAAAAUGGGCAGUGAGGCAGGGACAACCCUCCCCCCAGAAGCCUGGGAUGGGAGCAGCGAAGUCCUGGCUCGUAGAUCUUCAAGGGUUCCUGACGUAUCCCCCACCCUCGCAAGUACACCCCAACUCCUGGCACUGGUACAAGGUUGUGUGCCUGGGACCCGACUGGUGGAGGACCUGCCCCAUGAGCUGGUGCUGGCACUGCCCUACGCAGGUGCUCUGGACGGCAGCUUUGCCAGCCUCUUCCAGGAGCUGGAUGGUCAUCUGGAAGCGCUGGGUUUCACUGGCUAUGGGAUCUCAGACACCAGCCUGGAAGAGAUCUUCCUAAAGGUGGUUGAGGACUAUGGUGUGCAGGGAGAUGCAGAAGGUGACAGCUCCAGUGGACACCUGCGUACACGCACUGCCACCCUACAGGCCGGGACACGAACAGACAUAGACACGUCCACAGUGGAGAAUGGGGAACCUGCUGGGUCUGCAGAACUGGGCAGCAAGGCCCCAAGGGGCUCCACUUCCAGCCCCGUGGGCCUUGUGCAGGGCUGGGCGCUCACCUGCCAACAACUCCGGGCCCUGCUGCGCAAGCGGUUUCUGCUGGCCCGCCGUAGCCGCCGAGGCCUCUUUGCGCAGAUUGCACUGCCUGCCCUCUUCGUGGGCCUGGCUCUUCUGUUCAGCCUCAUUGUGCCUCCCUUUGGCCAGUACCCAGCCCUGCGCCUCAGCCCCAGCAUGUACGGGAUGCAGGUGUCUUUCUUCAGUGAGGAUGCCCUUGGGGACCCUGACCGGGCCAGGCUGCUUGAGGCGCUCCUGAGGGAGGCUGGACUCCAGGAGCAGGACCCCUCUACCACGGCAUCUGAGUGCACAGCAACCCUCUCGUGCCACUUCUCAGUCCCCGCCGUCCCUGUCGAUGUGGCCAAGAUCCUGGCCAGUGGCAACUGGACCCCAGAAUUCCCAUCCCCCGCCUGCCAAUGUAGCCAGCCAGGUGCCCGCCGCCUGCUGCCUGAUUGUCCAGCUGGGGCAGGUGGCCCUCCACCACCCCAAGCAGUGGCCAGCUCAGGGGAGCUCAUCCAAAACCUCACGGGCCGGAAUGUGUCUGAUUUCCUAGUGAAGACCUACCCACGCCUGGUGCGCCAGGGGCUGAAGACAAAGAAAUGGGUGAACGAGGUCAGGUACGGGGGCUUCUCCCUGGGUGGCCGAGACCCUGAUCUACCAUCAGGACAGGAUGUGGGCCACACGGUGGCAGAAUUGCGGGCACUGCUGAACCCCCAGCCCGGUGAUGCACUUGACCGUGUCCUGAACAACCUAACGCAAUGGGCUUCUGGCCUUGAUGCCCAGAACAGCCUCAAGAUUUGGUUUAACAACAAGGGCUGGCACGCCAUGGUGGCCUUCCUCAACCGAGCCAACAAUGCGCUGCUUCAAGCUCACCUGCCCCAGGGCCCCUCCCGCAGUGGUCACAGCAUCACCACACUCAACCAUCCCUUGAACCUGACCAAGGAGCAGCUGUCAGAAGCCACACUGAUGGCCUCUUCAGUGGAUGUCCUCAUCUCCAUCUGCGUGGUGUUCGCCAUGUCCUUCGUCCCAGCCAGCUUCACCUUGGUUCUCAUAGAGGAACGAGUCACCAGAGCCAAACACCUGCAGCUCGUUGGGGGCCUAUCCCCGACCCUGUACUGGCUGGGCAACUUCCUGUGGGACAUGUGUAACUACCUGGUGACGGUGUACAUCGUGGUGCUUAUCUUCCUGGCCUUCCAGCAGAGGGCGUACGUGGCGCCCGCCAACCUGCCCGCCCUGCUCCUCCUGCUGCUGCUGUAUGGUUGGUCCAUCACACCGCUGAUGUACCCAGCGUCCUUCUUCUUCUCGGUACCCAGCACGGCCUAUGUGGUGCUCACCUGCAUCAACCUGUUCGUGGGGAUCAACAGCAGCAUGGCCACCUUUGUGCUUGAGCUCUUCUCAGAUCAGAAGCUGCAGCAUGUGAGCCGCAUCUUGAAGCAGGUGUUCCUCAUCUUCCCCCACUUCUGCCUGGGCCGAGGGCUCAUUGAUAUGGUGCGGAACCAGGCCAUGGCGGAUGCCUUUGAGCGGCUGGGAGACAGGCAAUUCCAGUCACCAUUGCGCUGGGAGGUGAUUGGCAAGAAUCUCUUGGCCAUGGCAGCCCAGGGGCCUCUGUUCCUCCUCCUUACGCUGCUGCUCCAGCACCGCAGCUGCCUCCUACCACAACCCAAACCAAAGAUGUGGCCACCCCUGGGGGAGGAGGAUGAAGACGUGUUGCGGGAGCGGGAGCGGGUUGCCAAAGGGUCCACCCAAGGGGAUGUAUUGGUGCUCAAGAACUUGACCAAGGUGUACCGCGGGCAGAAGACUCCAGCAGUAGACCGCCUGUGCCUAGGGAUCCCGCCUGGGGAGUGCUUCGGGCUGCUGGGUGUGAACGGAGCUGGGAAAACGUCCACCUUCCGCAUGGUGACGGGGGAUACGAUGCCCAGUGGUGGUGAGGCUUUCUUGGCCGGUCACAGCGUGACCCAGGAGCCCGCCGCUGCACACCAACGCAUGGGGUACUGUCCCCAAUCUGAUGCCAUCUUCGACCUGCUGACUGGCCGGGAGCACCUGGAGCUGUUCGCACGCCUGCGUGGUGUCCCUGAGGCCCAGGUAGCACAGACAGCCAGCUCUGGCUUGGCCCGCCUGGGGCUACCUCUGUAUGCGGAUCGACUCGCAGGGACCUAUAGCGGAGGCAACAAACGGAAGCUAGCCACGGCUGUGGCUCUGGUGGGGGAUCCCGCUGUGAUCUUUCUGGAUGAGCCCACCACGGGCAUGGACCCAGGCGCGCGGCGCUUUCUGUGGAACAGCCUGCUGGCCGUGGUGCGCGAGGGCCGCUCCGUGGUGCUCACGUCGCACAGCAUGGAGGAAUGCGAGGCACUGUGCACGCGCCUGGCCAUCAUGGUGAACGGCAGGUUCCGCUGUCUGGGCAGCGCGCAGCACCUCAAGAGCAGGUUCGGGGCUGGCCACACACUGACCCUAAGGGUGCCAUCCCAUCGACCAGAGCCCGCAGUGGCCUUCGUGACCGGAGCGUUCCCUGGGGCCGAGUUGCGCGAGUUGCAUGGCGGUCGCCUGCGCUUCCAGUUGCCCCCGGGAGGGCACUGCACCCUGGCACGGGUCUUUGGGGAGCUGGCGGCCCACGGCCAGGAGCACGGCGUGGAGGACUUCUCUGUGAGCCAGACCACACUGGAGGAGGUGUUCUUGUACUUCUCCAAGGACCAGGGAAGAGAGGGUGAAGACCCUCCGCUGGAGGAGGGAGAGAGGCAUGACUCCUCUGCAGGUCCUCAACGGCCCAAAUGCAUCAGCCGCUUUCUGGAAGACCCCAGCUCCGAGGAGACCAUGCUCUGAAAGGCCCUGGCUUGGGAAUGGCCAGGCAGGAGGUCCCUAGGCUAAGCAGAGGGUCCCAGGACCACAUUCAGCUGCUGGGACGCCCUCAACCCCCGAGAGAAUAAAGAGAAAACUGGAAAGAA